AUGGGCGAAGAGAAGCAGUCGUCGUCGUCGACCGGCACAGGCCAUUCCGAUAGCGAGUCGCGAGAGCAGCCUUACACGAUUGCCCACCACUGGAAAUGUCUGGCAGCAUGUACGCUGAUGUCGCUCUGUCCUUUUCAAUACGGCCUCGACUUUGGCUUGAUCGGCGGGCUCCAGGCCAUGGUUGGGUUUCUUAGAGUGUUUGGCUACGCAGACGCCACCGUUCCGGGAGGAUGGAACAUCUCCACGGAGCGGCAACAGCUCAUUUCGUCGCUCAUGACCCUCGGGGCCUUCCUCAGCUCCUCCAUGGCCGGAACCAUCGCCACCAUCAUGUCCCGGAAGAUGACGGUCUGGGUGGCGAGCGCCCUGUGCACAGUCUCCAAUGUACUUAUGAUGUCCACGACGAGUAUUGGGGGCUUGUAUGCCGGCCGCCUGCUGCUGGGCAUUGCCAAUGGCAUGUUUAUGACCUUCUCCCAGCUGUACAUACAGGAAUGCUCCCCGGCCCGCUACCGAGGCCUUAUGAUCUCGUCCUUUCAGAUCUGGACCUCCGUCGGCAGCCUCGUGGGCACGGUCGUCGACAACUUCACCGCAAAGAUUGACGGCCGCAAUGCCUACCUAAUCCCUUUGGGGCUGAUAUACAUAAUGCCCGUCAUCAUGAGUCUCGGUCUACUCCUUAUUCCCGAGUCCCCUCGGUGGUUGGCCCAACACGGGAAGCUGGACCAGGCGCGCAAGGCGCUGCGCUGGCACCGCCCAGGCACCGACGCCGAAAUUGACCGCGAGAUGAAGGACAUCCAAGCUGCCUUGGAGAUGGAGAAAGCCAGAGAGAAGAGUGUUGUCGUGUGGGAUAUGUUUCGUAACCCCGUGGAUCGGAGGCGAACCAUCCUCGCGACCUGCGCUCUAACCGUUCAAGGGGCGUCAGGAGCCAUGUACAUGAUCGCCUACGGAACAUACUUCUUUCAGAUGGCCGGUAUCGGCGAUGCAUUCGCAAACUCGUGCAUUCUCAUCUCGGUCGGCGUCGUCGCCAUCAUCAUCAAUAGCGCCCUCGUCACCCACUUUGGCCGUCGCCGCGUAUUCCUGAUCACCGGCUUGCUGCUCUGCGGGCUUGCCCAACUUCUCACCGCUGUUGUGUACCAGGUGAAGCCAGGUGCAAAGUCCACGGGCAAGGCCAUCGUUGGGUUAGCGGUGAUCUAUAUCCUCGGUUACAAUGGCAUGGUUGCAACAUAUGCCUGGAUCUCUGGUGGCGAGCUCCCAUCCCAGCGUUUGCGUUCCUACACUUUCGGCCUCGCCACCGCCAUUGGCUUCUUCGCUGCCUGGCUCACCACGUUUACCGCUCCGUAUUUCAUAAACCCGGAGUCACUUAAUUGGGGUCCCAAAUACGGUUAUAUCUGGACGCCAUCGUGCUGGAUAUCAGCUCUUUGGGUAUACUUGUUUCUGCCAGAGGUCAAGGAUCGGACUCUGGAAGAGAUUGACCAGAUGUUUGAGGCUCGUCUCCCGGCGAGAAAGUUCCGCCGGUAUGUCUGUGUUGGCCCAGGCGGGGGACCAACCCGCGAGGCUUCUGGUUCAGUGUCGACAGACAAGGAGGCUGUCGAAGUUCAGCACAAGGAGAUACCUAAUAUUCGCUAA